AUGCGCGAAUUCUGAUGUGAUAUAAAGACGCGGUUAAAGAGACCUUCGGCUCAGAGUACCUCGUGGCUUGGCUUGCGUAUCAUUCCAUUGUUCGUUAAGGUGCUCGGGUUUCAUCAUGGGACCGCAUGCAAACAAUUCGCCGGAGAUUCGUUCAUUCACGUCCACGAUAGUAAACAGUAAGGGAAAACGUUUAUUUUGCAAGUACUGGGAAGCUGUGGACAAACCAAGAGCAAUGGUCUUCAUCGCCCAUGGUUACGCGGAACACUGUCUGUUGUAUGAAACACUAGCUCGUACUCUUGCCUUGAAUAACUUUUUCGUCUUUACUCACGACCAUGUGGGACAUGGUCAAAGCGAAGGACAGAGAGCCCACAUCGAUUCAUUUGAUCAGUUUGUGGACGACGUCUUCAAGCAUAUUGACAUGACAAAGAAAAAAUUCCAAGACCUAUCAUGCUUCCUUUGUGGCCAUUCAAUGGGUGGAGCAAUAUCCAUUCUUUCAGCUUUGCGAAGGCCAGAAUAUUUUAAAGGCGUUCUCUUGAUAAGUCCUGCCGUAGCAACAAAUCCAGAAUUAACUACACCUUUUAAGACAGCAAUAGCAAAAUUUCUGCGAUGGAUCGCGCCUCAAUUCCCAGUGGCAUCUUUGGAUCUCUCCCUAGUAUGCAGCUGUCCUAAAGAAGUGAAAACCAUGGAGGAAGAUCCACUGAGGUUUCACGGUUUCUGCAAAGCUGGAUUUGGUGCCUCUUUAGUUGAUGCAUGCAAGGAAAUUCAGAGUAAAAUUCCUUCUAUCACCUUUCCAUUUGUGAUAUAUCAAGGAGAGGAUGACAAACUUUGUGCACCAGAAGGUGCCAUUCUGAUGUAUGAAAAAGCUGCGUCCACUGAUAAGUCCAUUAAAAUGUACCCAAAAGCCUAUCACAGUCUUCUUUACGAACCUAAUGGGGUUGCUGAGCAAGUCGUUGAAGAUAUAAUAGAAUGGUUAACAUCUCGAGCAUAAAUUUAUAGAAAGCAGUACCUCUCUUAUUUUUCAAUUUUAUCAGCAAGAAGUGUGAAGAGAGCGUAAUUCGAAUUCGAAAUAGAAUGUUAAUGUAGCUAAUGUAUUAUCACGACGGCAUAAUUAUGCUCUAGCUAUAUUAUAAGUUCGAAUGUAAACAUUUCUUGAGGUUGUGUAACACAAGCUGCUAUUAAUACUCUUUCCUUUCUAAAUUCUGAUUCUGAAGAGCUUGCCUUUAUUAAAAUAGUGCAUUUUAUUGUAAAUAAUUCUAAUAUACUUUUUAUACAAUAAAUGUUAAGAAACAAAGAGUUUUACAAUAUUGCUGUAUUUUCAGUGAUUAAGUUACCUGUAAUCCCAAAUCUUAUAAAAUAGUCUUGAGAGAUAAAAAUUAUGCAUGUAAUAUUCCGAUCUAGGACGUAACGCAAAAGUAACGUAAAAGUAUAGCAUGGUUAUUUGAUAUGAUUACCAGUCUUGCAGCUAAGCUUCUAUAUUUUUUUAAAACCAGAGUUAUUUGUUUGUAAGAAGGCUGAUAAAGUUAUUAAUGAAAGAAUACUUUCUUUCACAAGGGUUUUAAUUCUUUUUCUACAUUAGUUUUCAAAAUAAUAUGUUAACAUAACACUAAUGCCUUUUCUUUUUUCACCUUUUACGUUCUUAACUAAAAAAUUGUUUAUCAUACUUAUUAUGAUGAAACAGAUAUCACAUAUUGUAACUACAUGAAAGUAUUAACAGCAAGAACAUUAAAUAAAGUGCUUCAAAUUUUGGAAAUUUCCAUCCAUUUUCAUAAGAGAAAUAUUUCAUAUGAAGCAUAAAAUAUUUAAAAUCUAAUGAUUUUUAUUUUCAUUAGCUCAAUAACUUAGCAAUCUUUAACAACACAGUUAUGUUUGGUAAUUUCCCUCCCGCUUCUGUUGGAUAAUUGGGAAUGUGCAAAUGAUGACAACGGGUAGACAGAGAAUAACAUUUUAGUAAAAAAGAUGAUAUGUGUCUAAUAAUUUUUAUUCGUCGUUCUGCAGACGUUUUCCAGCAAUAUCAUUUUUCUCUUUUACAUCAAAAGAAAACCUCUACAAUCAUUUGGAGUGUUUAACUAGCAUCUUGAAAUAAUACGUUAAACGUUCCUUUAUGGCUUAGUUAUAACACUAUAAUAAAAAUAUCUGGAAUUUUUCAAAUACUCUUUUCAGCUUCUCUUUUAUAAAACUUUAAAGAUUCUAAAAUUUAGUGAACCUAACUGAUUCUGAACAUAGAUUUUUAUUUUUUGACUUUAUCACACAUUUAACAGCCAUAGUAUGUUUUCUUUUAUAAAUAAUUUUAGAUAUUUUUAUGAGCUUAAAUUUAUAUUGCAUUUUAGUUAUUUCUUUAUGAGCUUGAGAUUUAAUCUCACACUUAUGUUUUAUUGUUAGAGUUAUUUCCUCCAGCCAUAUAAUUACCUCCGUGACUAAAUACCUAUUUUAUUUUAAACUAAGGUAUGGUCUCCCAGUGCAAAUUUUGCGGUUCGAAAUAUUUUUAAAUUCAAGGAUAAAAUUUUUUACUUAUAUUUAAAUUAAGUGACAUAAGUCGCUUAGAGUUUUAUUUAUAUAAAUGUUUAUAUACAUAUAUGUAAUCCAACUUUUAGGCAUAUACAAGAAAAUAGUUUUGACUUACUGAAAUUCCACUGUCUCAAAUAAUUAGCGCAAGAAGGCUAACAAUCCUACGUUAUACUGAAUCCUACGUUCACUGAAAUUUUAUAAUAAAUACAAAAUUCAUUAAAUAUUGAAAACAUUAAUGUAACUCUCUUACAUCAAUUUUUUAUAUUAAAAAAUGAUAUAAGAUAGUUACGUUUUAAAACGUAACUCUCUUAUAUCAGUAAACGUAACUCUCUUAUAUCUUAUUAAAAAAUUUGUUAGUCAUAAGACUGCUAGCUUAAAUUAACCUGAAACUUUUAACACCAUGACAAGUCUAAUUUACUUAUUUUAUUGUUUUCUUUCUUUGACUGGUUUGAAGAACUUCACAACGAUAUUUUUCAAUUUCACACACACAUACACACACAAAAUAAAUAAAUAAAUAAAAUAAGUUUUCAGUUUUAUCAUCGAAAAAUUUUAGCUAACUAUUUGAUCAGAAAGCAGUAAAGCUUGCUUUCCAUAGCAAGCAAAUAAAGUAGUGAUAAAAUAUAUUAACACACAUAAUUUUGAGGCAUCAAAAAUCAGAUUCUAAUAUUCAGUUUAUUGUAAUAAUUAACAUAAAUACAUUCUAUAUUGACAAAAAAAGUGUGUCCUUUUAUUCAUGUGGGCUUUUAUCAAUGUGAGCUUUGAUCUCUGUGGGCUUUUAUCUAUGUGCGCUUUCAUCUGCCUGGGUAUUUUCGCGUGGGCAAUUAUCACAGUGGGAUUAAUUUUUGCGAGCUUUUGUAACGUGCUCUUUUGUCUGGUGAGCUUUUAUCUAUUCACGGUUUCAAAAUUAUCUAGCACAAGCACGCUUUUGUGUUUUGUGUGUUCAACCUAAACGAAAGCUGCUAAGCGAGUUUUUAGCAAAGUUCAUUUUGAGCAAGAAUUCGUUUUCUUCUCUAAAUUUGUAGUCAUUAAUGUUCAUAAUAUCAAAAUAUUGCUAUUCAUAAUAUUUUAUGGAGGCAGAGCAAUUCAGACACAUAUAUGCAUGCAAAAUAUUUAUUUUGUAUAAUUUUUUUGGGUCAGACAAAACUGGAUAUUCAAAACUAUUAGAGGAGAGAAUAAUUAAAAGGAAAAUAGAGUCACAUAUCUCAACUCUUCUUCAAGGGGUUGAUGCCACGAGAUAACAGGAUAAUAAUCAUGUGUCUGACCUGCGUAAUGAAAAAUGUGAUAAUUCCAAAAGUUAAGUUCAAAACAAAGAGUUUCUAUAAUUUUGCACAUAAAUUAGCUUAUUGUUCGUUAAUGUAAUUCAGUAUAGUAUAUUUAACAGAGCAAAAACAUUUAAUUUUCAGUUUAUAGACUGACACACCAUGAGAUAUUGCUAAAUGUUUUUUUCUUUUUGAAAAAUUCGUGUUUGCCAGCAGUGUUAACUAUCUGUCAUAAAGCUGCAGUGACCCCUUAGUAGAAGUCAAUGAACUUGAACGUACAAACUCACCCUCAAGGAAUUCGAAGGCUGGUUCAAUCUGCGAACUAUUGUCUUCAUACGUACGCUUGAGGUUCGAAAUCAAGCAGAUAGUUGAAGAAACUCAAGGUAAUUUAAGACCACGGAGUUUAAGCUGAACUAUGCGGUAUUUAUUACAGGUUUUUCUAAUAGCAAAUACCUUCAUCGUUGCAAUUGUGUAAACUAGCGAUUUUAAUAAAAACAAAGAAAAGUAGUUUUAAAAUUUUAAUAAAUCUAUAGAGCUUUACCAGACUGCAGAUUUAACAUAGUACUUACUUGUCAUAUUAAUGACGUUUUAGACAAGGUUCAAAGUUCAAGGCAUUAAAUAUUCUGAGGUUCAGUUGUUUUUCAUAAUGCUUGCCAAAUGAAAUAUUUUUCAACAUAUUUUUUGCCUUGCCAUAACUUUUAAACUGAGAGGGAAGAAUGUAUUAAUUUUUAAGUUUGAAGUAUUGCAUCAGUGCCCCAAAACAAUAUUAUUGUUUACGUAUAUCUUAAUAUAAUGAUCUUAAUUUAGAAAAAAUAUACUCGAUAAGAGAUGUCGAGAAAUGUUUUUAUCCACGAAGUGAGCGUAGUUUUUUUUAUUUCGUUCCCUGGAAAAAAAAAAUGCAUUUCUCCUUCAAAUUUGUAUUCCAUGAUAAUAUUUCAAUACAUAACUAUAUAAAGAAUUUAAUAGACGAUUUAACCGUAUUUGUUUUAAAAGUAUUGAAAUUUCAUUUACGUAUGCAACAAUAUGUUAAAAUGCUUUACUAUUUGCAGCUGUAAAUAAUUUUAUGUAAACUGAAUGCAGAUAUUUUGCUUUCAAGAACUAAUUUCUCUGUAAAAUUCUUGAAAAUCACAUAUUUAAUCAAUGACAAUUAAGAUUUAACUAUUUAGGAUAAUUUUAAUUUAUGUUAUGAUAAAUGUAAAACAGACUUUAAUAGUAAGCAAUUACAUUCUAAAGUCUAAUAAAAGCUCUUCGUUUGUCAGAAAAAUAACUAUUUUAUUUUAUCACCAAGUUUAUUGCUGUGCAAACGUUUUCUUUAUUAGUUGUUUGUAGACUUGUAAGAAUAAACGUAUUUUAAUACUAACCAAGUGAGCGUUGAAAACGUUCAUUUGAAGUUCGUCUUCCAUACAGACUUUUAUAUCACGUGUGUGUAAAAGAAAGUUGCUAAAUAUGAUUUACUGUUAUUUAGAUUACUAUGUGUUGUUUUUUAUUGCACAUGAAAGGAAUUUUACUGAAUUAUUUUAUGUGUUCAUAUACAUAUAUAUAUUAUAUUGCCUAAAUAUAGAGCUAAAUAUCUUGUUCUUUCAGUACUUAUAAAGUUUGUAUCACUUCAAUAAAUGUUUAGUUUCUUUGUUCA